CCCUCUCCGCUUUCCCUCUCGCUGCGCAGUUUCUGCUUUUCACAGCAUUUUGCAUGAAAGUGGCAAUCUGUGAGGAUUACCCAGCUUGAGGGCUGAAAAAAAAGGAUACUGUAGCUUGGGUGCUAAUUUUGACUCAAGGCAGAACUGAAGACAUGGGCUCCGUUUCUAACCAAGCAUUCCCAGGAGUGUGUAAGACUGAGGAGGAUGAAGGACCGAGUACCGAGGAGGAUACACAGUCUUUCCACGGAGUCGGAGUGUGUAAAUGGUUCAACGUCCGCAUGGGCUUCGGGUUCCUGUCCAUGACCAACCGGGAGGGAGUGCCACUGGAGGAACCGCUUGACGUGUUUGUGCAUCAGAGCAAGCUGCACAUGGAAGGCUUCCGCAGCUUGAAGGAAGGCGAGGCAGUCGAGUUUACCUUCAAAAAGUCAUCAAAGGGCCUGGAGUCGCAGCGUGUUACAGGACCAGGUGGCAUCCACUGUGUGGGCAGUGAAAGGAGACCAAAAGGCAAGAAGGUCCAGAAGCGACGUUCAAAGGGAGAUAGGUGUUACAACUGCGGAGGCCUGGACCACCACGCCAAAGAAUGCAAGUUACCACCCCAGCCCAAGAAGUGCCAUUUCUGCCAGAGCAUCGACCACAUGGUUGCCAACUGCCCAAUAAAAGCACAACAGUCUUCACCGAGUUCUCAGGGAAAACCAUCCCCCGCGAAAGGAGAAGAGGAGCAUCACAGCCACUCAGCACCACCACCCGAGACCUCUGAUUAAACAAGAAAUUGGGCAACACUGACGCCGGGGAAGCACAGAGGCCAAUCAAACUGCUUUGAUGGAGAGAUGGGACACACGAUCCCCUUCUAGCUGUUGAAGUUGCUUUUGGAACUACCUCAGGUUAAAAAAAUUGCUUAUGAAGAAUGUUGCUGAAGUUUGGUUUUUUUUUUUGGAUAGUUUUCAUUUGGUGUAACACUCAGGAAUACUACUGUAUUAUUGCACUCAGGACGCUUUCUAAAUGUUUGAAUCACUGCUGUUCUUUGAGGGGUUUGAGAUUGUAGUGAGCAAUGUCAUAACGGAUUAUCUUGAUGAUUUUUGUCGAACCUGCAUAUUCUUUUAUGUGAUACUGUGCCUCUCGGUGAGCAUUAUACCUCUUCUUCUGUUUUUGCGAAAUAGUGUGUAUAGUAUAGAGCUAUACUUUUGCUGCCUUACCAUUUCGUCUACUUCCUGACUGUUACACCUCAGUUUCCGACAAGGCAGAGACGUGACGGUACCUCUGUAAUGAAUGUUAGUUUGCAUAUCAGAUGGGGAAUGGGAGGGUUCGUGAAAACGCGCGGGACUGGUUUUAGAGUAUAGCUACAGGCAAUGUAUUGGCAUCUGCUAAUAUUGCUAUUGACCAUCCAGUAAUCCUGGGGCCAAAUGAAUGUCAGACCAAAGGCUUUUGGUCAGGGUUAUUUUUUUGUCAUUUCAUUAUUUUCAUCCAGCGUUUUGCUGGCUGUCUAAAAGUGCACGGUCUACCUCAUUGGUGCGUGUUUGGUCUGUUACUAAAACUGUCACUCUAACCGCUGACGGUAAACCAAAUAUUCUCAGAGUACUGCUUUGGAGAUUGUGAUUUGAAUUGCGAUUAAAUCAAAUCCUUUUUGCACUACAGUAUUUACACAGCAUUGCCAUUACAUUAGUAGUUUUAAUAUACCUCCUUAAAAAGUAACUUAACACUUGCUGAAAGUCCUGUUUUUACUGAUCUCAAGUGGUUGAACUUCUCCCCUUGCUGCAGUGAUGUACAGGUGCACUCCAGGACCUUGUGACAUCACUGUGGGGUUUGCUUAUAGGUGCAACAAAGCACACUUCUAACCAAACCCACGACAGUCUCCCAAACUUUCCGGCAGUCUAUCCUGGGAGGCAGCACAGAUUAGGAAAGAUGAUGUUAUCAGACUUUCUGGGCCACUCCUCAUCUCUUCUGGAGGAUAGCAUAACACACACAAAUGUGUGACUGAACUGUCUGCGGUUAAGUUGCAUCGAGGGCAAAGUAGGCGCCAGGUUUAGACAAGAAAGAAGAAUAUGUGGAACAAACGAGACAGACAGAUUUCUCUGGGCUAUUGUGAGUUCGACAAUGCUAUAGUAAGGCAGUGCUAAAUCUAAAGUACUCUUUAGACCGUCGAACAAGAACUUCUGAUGGCGUAUACUAGCCACUUAAAUCACUUGCACCUCCGACCACACCCAACAUCACAGCUGGAUGUGGUUAGGUGUACUCUGCUGUACUCUGAUUGUAAUGUAGCGUGGCACUAUUAGCCCCACACUACAUCACAGCUGCUCAGAGUGUUGAAAAACAUACUGUCACCACUUUUUGGCAGGGAAAGCCAGAUUAUUAGACUGAGUGUAGUUACUCUGUAAGUCUCAACCAUAGAGGGCAGCAAAACACUUCUUUUCACCUGGUGUUAAGUUACUCUUUAACCUUUUUAGGAGCAAAUGAUCUUGGUCAACUUUCCUUCUACAGUAUAUUCUUAUUUUAUUGGCUGCUGUGUGAAAUGCUGCUGCUUUAUAAUGACCUUAACCUGGAUUUGAUAGAAUUCCAACUAUUGUGAUGCUGAACCCAAUACAUGUACAACAUCAUCACUUUUAAUAAGAUACUUGAACUGGACGGAGUUACUGAGGGGUCCAACUAGCUCUCCUCUUGUUACUUGAAUAAAAUGAGGCAGAAUCAGACAUUAUGUUGCCAGUAGGAAGGCUGGUGUUUUUGUUUAUAUCCAGUGUGAUCCAUUUUGUAGGUAGUUAUUUAAGACAUUACCUCUCUAUAACCCUUAGUAGGGUAAUAGUUCAGGAACACCAAGCCUGCACGGAGGAGCAUGUAGAACUAGCUAGCUAAUCAGCAUUUUACUCCCGUUUUACAGGAGAAGCUGACAAGACUUUUACACCCAAUUAAUAUAUAUGUAAGAUUAUUCUAAAGCCUUUUUAAAAAAAAAAAAAAAUCAUACUAAUUUAUUUUCAUCCAAGAGUUCUUAUUCUGCUCCUGUUGAAGCCUCUCAGCAAUGAAUGUUCUAGUAGACAUCAAAAAACUGCCAAAUGUUAUUCAAAGCUACAUUUGACUUGAGAAUAUAUUUGGGUAACGCAUUUUUAAAAUCAAGGUACUUUGUAUUACUUUGUACAUACGUGCUUGAUAAAUCAUUGUCCUUAAUCAUUAUUCAGUACAGCAUGAAUACAGUGUAACAGUAAUAUAUUGCAACACAAGAGUAACAAUAUACAGCACAUACUGUACAGGUACAUAAUAUUAUGAGGACUGUGCGUUUGUUUUAGUUUUUUUGCCUUGUAUUAUUUUUUUAUUCUUUUAUUUUUGUGUACAAUGAGCCUUUCAGAAGAGAAUCUCAUUGUCUCAUCUAUCUAUGCCAAUACCAAUGCAAUGUUACUCUGCACUAAUAAUGUGUAAGAUGCAUUAACUAUUUUUUAUAUUCAUUUUAUCUCUUUUGAAUAUAUGUUGCAUAUUCUAUAUUAUAUUUUUUAGAAUUUCACAUACCACAUAUAGUCGGUUGCUGGUUGAAAAAAAAUAAAAUAAAAAUACCUCCACUCUUAGGCUCAUCUCAGGAAUUGCCAAUCUGAAAACUCAGGGAAUAGUUCAGAUUGAUUGGAAGGAGUCUCAGGAGUGUUUAUUCAAGACAAAUUGGUGACUGAAUGCUCAUCCGCAAGAUGUGAAGCAUAGGAUAAGGAAGCCGAAGUAAAAUGGGUUUGGAAAUGUAUUGGUGCAACAGUUUCUCUUUUUACUUAGAAAAAUACUAAGAUUGUGGCCAAAAAAAAGCAAUUAUUACAAAUUAUGUGAAAGCUUUUUGAUUCUCAACUUUCCAAUGCACCCAAUGUGAUGAUGAUCUUUGUAUUUUCUCCUUUUGGACAUAAUUUGCCAUGAUAUGAUAUGAAGAAAAUGUUCCACUAUUAUUGUAUAUUUUCCUCUAUAAUCGUUGUAGAUGGGGAUGUAGUAGAAUAUUGUUAAAGGGAUUGGGGCUAGUAGUAUAUAACCCGGGGUUGUCUCAUCUCAACACAUGGCCGAUACUUGGUGAUUGGUGAUUCAGACUAUCAAUGCUUAAGACAAAAAGAAUGUGUCAUGGAUGACUUAACACUCAAAUAUUGUUUCAUACACUGCUGUUGGGUCGUGUUUAUAUACACGUUUUCCAAGUUUAAAGGUUGCGGAAGCAAACGUUGUUUUGAUAAUUCCACUCAGAAUGUGAAAGGAUGAAAAGAUUGUUAAAGUAAGUCCUCUGAUUAGAUAGAAUGGUUUACUUUAUUUUUCCAGUUGAAUUUAUCACUUAUGACUGCAGUGCCAGUGUAUCCUAAAACCACUUUCCUUUCUCUCCAUUUAAAAGAGGGAUAUACACAAAUGAGUUUUGUUACUAAUCUCUGUGAUUAACAUUGUAUAAACUAACCACUAACUAACUCAUCUGUCAAACCCUUAACUGGAUUCCGACAUCCUCUGUUAAGAUAAAGGUUGAAUGACAAUUAAAAGGGUUGUACUGUAAUGUUUGCAAUAUUCUGCUGUACUUAAUGAUGUUUUCAAAGUAUCAUUUGGAAACUCAAGUCCACGAAAGACACUGAUUGCAACAAACCUGUUUGACCCGUCAGUGGUGUGUUAUAUGUGUGUGAUAUGAUUGUCGAGUGUUAUGUGGGUUAGAAAUACCUUGAAAUUCCAGGGACCUGUAAGACGUAUGUGCUCAGGGAAACAUUUGAAGCACAUCAAAGCAUUCUGUAUCACUGUUUGCUUCAUGUGUGCUUUUCAUGGCCAUGUUUGUGACCAUCAGCCAUUUCAUUUGUGGUAUCUUCUCAAAUAAAUGGUUUGUGCUACUUCCAAAAAAAAAAAAACACAAACAAAAAAAGGUGCAUUUAUUACUGAUGAAUGUAUCAAUGUUUACUGCCAUAAGACUACAAUUAUCUUGAUCUAUGUUAUCUUAAUGGCUAGUUUGUCAAUGAUGAGCAGCAUGUAGGCUUUUCAAAGUAUUACUGUGAUUAUGUUUCUAUCUGUAAAGUUCUGCUCCAUUUCAUAGUAAAUAUGUCGAUAAUCA